GCAAUGAUCAAAUUGAAAGUGAAGACGUAAAUAUUGUAUAUUACGGAGGUUAGGACAGAAUACACAAGAUGUCAUUUUCGUAUUUUCCACAUUAUAGCAUGACCAUAUUUGAGAGUAUUUGCUGAAAUUCCCAUGUGUAUUUAUGUAUACUGCAUUAUUUGCUAAUCUCUGUCCCCUUUGUGUAUUUCGUCACGCUCUCAAAUUCUGAGGUUUUUGACUCAUCCGUGUUGCCGUACAAUUGCAGGAAGUGUUGAUUUCUACCAUAGUUAACUGAAUUGAAAGGCUAGUCCACAUUGCUCUUGAAGUAUCUGUAGGAAGUGGUUUUGCUGUUACAAAGUUGGUUAUAACGUAAAACUGUUGACCAAGAAGCGACAGAAUGUCCAGCGGAACGCGUUUGGAAAACGCGAAUCCCCUGAUUUUUCAGCGAUCAGGGGAACGCUUGUUGACAGCUACCGAUGAAGACGAGGAUGCCGUUGAUCCCAUCGAUGACCGAGAAAUCUUUGAUCUUAUUCGAAAUAUUAAUGACCCCGAGCACCCUUUGAGCCUCGAGGAACUUAACGUUUUGGAGCAAGUGCGUGUCAAAGUGAAUGACCAGGUGAAUGCCGUCUCUGUGGAGUUCACCCCUACCAUACCCCACUGCAGUAUGGCCACACUUAUAGGCCUUUCCAUCAAGGUGAAGCUUUUGCGCUCGCUGCCAGAUAGGUUUAAGAUUGAUGUGCACAUUACACCUGGAACCCAUGCCUCUGAGGAAGCAGUGAACAAACAACUUGCUGACAAAGAGAGAGUGGCUGCAGCUCUGGAGAAUGCACAGCUCCUGGAAGUGGUGAACCAAUGCCUCGCCUCCAAGACCAUGUGACAGCCCUGUCAUAGGUCUGAAGCAGACUAAAUUCUGUAGCAGUCGCUUACAGUGUUAACCCCACUGCAACACCAAAAGGUUGAGGGUUUAAGUAGAGGUUUGCUAAGUUAGUACAUGAGUGCAUGUUGUGUAACCUGCUCAUCGAACAUCUGCCUCAGUGCUAUUCUUGGGUUCUCUUAUGACAGUGUUGUUGUUCGUUUGACUAUGCCUUGAAGAGUGACCAAGAUGAAGGUCAAUGACUGAAUGUUUGCUGUAGACGCACAAUGAAAAUGUCUUGUAUUAUGCUUUGGGGAUUUUUCUUUUUCUGAUCAUACAAUAUGUAGAAUAUACACAAACUCCAUAAUAUAACGGUAUCCACCAUUAUUAAUCGUAUACUCGGUUGUAUGUAUCUGUAGUGUACCCACGGCAAUGUGGUGAACAAAACUGAAAUCCGGCCGGUGAUGACAUAGUGCUUUGUUCUAUUACAAUAAUAAAUAUUGUGAUAUUGAAGCACUUCCCAAAAAUAAUUCAAUAAUAAAGUUAUUGGGGGGAAAAA